AAUUGGGAUAUUCACAUUGUACAGAAACAGAGGUUAUUGAAUCUUUGGGAAUUAUUAUUUAUAAAGCACUGGACUAUGGUCUGAAGGAGAAUGAAGAAAGAGAAUUAAGUCCUCCCCUGGAGCAACUCAUUGAUCACAUGGCCAACACAGUAGAAGCAGAUGGGAGCAAUGAUGAGGGUUAUGAGGCUGCAGAUGAAGGCCUGGAAGAUGAAGAAGAUGAAAAAAGAAAAGUUUCAGCUAUCCGGUCAUAUAGAGAUGUCAUGAAGUUAUGUGCUGCUCAUCUACCAACUGAAUCAGAGGCACCAAAUCAUUAUCAGGCAGUAUGUCGUGCACUGUUUGCAGAAACAAUGGAGCUACAUACAUUUCUGAGUAAAAUUAAAAGUGCAAAGGAGAAUCUUAAGAAGAUUCAAGAAAUGGAAAAAAGCGAUGAAUCUAACACAGAUUUAGAGGAGCUGAAAAACGCUGAUUGGGCUCGAUUCUGGGUACAGGUGAUGAGGGAUUUGCGGAAUGGAGUAAAACUUAAAAAGGUCCAAGAGCGGCAAUACAACCCUUUGCCCAUUGAAUAUCAACUCACCCCUUAUGAGAUGCUAAUGGAUGACAUUCGAUCCAAAAGAUACACUUUGCGAAAAGUGAUGGUGAAUGGUGAUAUUCCUCCUCGGUUAAAAAAAAGUGCUCAUGAAAUCAUUCUUGACUUCAUCAGAUCAAGACCUCCUUUAAACCCAGCCUCAGCCAGAAAGCUAAAACCUACUCCUCCACGGCCACAGAGCCUCCAUGAGAGAAUACUAGAAGAAAUCAAAGCAGAAAGAAAGCUGCGACCCGUCUCACCAGAAGAGAUUAGACGUAGCCGAUUAGAUGUAACUACCCCUGAAUCUCCAAAGAACAUUGCGGAAUCAUCAGUGGUGAAUGGAGGUUUAACAUCAAAAACAAAAGAAAAUAGGUUAAAUGCUGCUCAGCAGGUGCCUGUGCAGAGGAAGAAGCUCCUCAAAGCUCCAACUCUGGCUGAACUGGACAGCUCUGACUCUGAGGAAGAAACUCUGCACAAGUCAUCGAGCAGCAGCAGUGUGUCUCCCUCCUUCCUUGAAGAUCCCUUAGUGGAGGCUGUGUCCACAAGGAAGACACCUCCAAAAUUCUUGCCCAUAUCAUCAACACCCCAGCCAGAGAGACGGCAGCCACCCCAGAGACGACAUUCCAUUGAAAAGGAAACACCUACGAAUGUGAGACAGUUUCUGCCACCGUCCAAGCAGAGCUCCCGAUCUCUUGUUCCUAGGAUAACCAAUGUAUGGCCAAGGACGCCUUUCCGACCACUUUUUUCUACCAUACAAACAGCUUCUCUGCUCAGCUCUCAUCCUUUUGAAGCAGCCAUGUUUGGGGUAGCAGGGGCUAUGUAUUAUCUGUGUGAGAGAGCUUUUACCAGCAGGUGGAAAUCCUCAAAGGAGGAAUUCUGCUAUCCAGUGGAAUGCCUCGCUCUUACUGUGGAGGAAGUGAUGCAUAUCCGUCAGGUCCUGGUGAAGGCAGAGCUGGAAAAAUACCAACAAUAUAAAGAUGUCUACACUGCCCUGAAAAAAGGAAAGCUUUGCUUUUGUUGCCGAACCAGGAGAUUUUCCUUCUUCACCUGGUCUUAUACCUGUCAGUUCUGUAAGAGGCCCGUGUGCUCACAGUGUUGCAAAAAGAUGCGGCUGCCAUCCAAGCCAUACUCCACUCUUCCUAUCUUUUCAUUGGGACCUUCUGCCUCACAAAGAGGGGAAAGUUGUAUGAGGCCAGAAAAAGCCUCCACUAGCCACCAGCGGCCACUUCGGAGCAUUGCCAGGUUCUCCUCAAAAUCUAAGUCUGUGGACAAAUCAGAUGAAGAACUACAGUUUCCCAAAGAGUUAAUGGAGGACUGGAGUACUAUGGAGGUGUGUGUGGACUGCAAAAAGUUUAUUUCAGAAAUCAUCAGUUCAAGCCGGCGUAGCCUGGUGUUGGCCAACAAAAGAGCCCGAUUAAAAAGGAAAACACAGUCUUUCUAUAUGUCCUCACCAGGCCCCUCAGAAUACUGCCCUUCAGAGAGGACUAUCAAUGAAAUCUGAGCCCUGUGCCUUUCAGUUGCUUUUGUGUUCAGAGUCGGCAUUCGUGUGGGAGAACACUGAGCUGGACUGUCUCUCCUGCUGUGGUUUUAGUUAAUAGGCUUGAUUUGCAUUAGAUCAGGUUUUUGCUGCAUCACAUUGUUCCACAGACUGAAUGCUGUGUUCAUAGCAAUUGAUGAUAUGUGACAGGUCAGCCAAUUGCUCGUUUGCACUGAGAGGACAACAGUUCAGAACUCACUUGUGUGUGUGUGUGUGUAGAUUUGGAGGCCAGAAACUUUUUCCUUAGUUCAGUUCCUUCCUAUUUCUCAUAUAAUUCUCUAAGGCAAAAAUCUUCUCAUGUGAGAAAUCAGCCUAACAAAGGUGUCGGUGUAAGCACAGUUCUAAGCAGUAAGUCAUAUUGGCACUUCCACCUGACAGUGUUCCUAUCUAAUGUACAUAGCGAUCCGGAGCCCUGCCGCACACCAGAUACCUGGGGGUGGGGCCAGGCUAUUUAUCAUCUCACAGCACAAAACCUAGGAGGAUUUGCUCAUAGUAUUAGACUGAUUUUAAAUUAUUGUUGCUCUGAGAUUAAGACUACAGGAGGGACUUUAGGCCUACAUUUUAGUGCAAAACAUCUGAAUAAGCUAUACACCCAAAUGGAUGACCAUUUCCUCUGAGCUGCUGUGUUCGCCCCGGUGCAAUGGAUCAGUGUCUCUUGAGUGGGUGACAGGUUUUCAUUCCCUAUCUUGCAUGUGUUGUGGUUACUUGUAGUUUAAUAAUGGAGGUUUAAGAAUUAAAGUUUUGUGGGAGUUUCAGGACAGAGAAAGACUAAAUGUUUGUCAACAGGUUGAGCGUGUUUCAGUUAACUGCAGAAAGGGUUAUAACAGCAUAGGGUGCCAGCUGCUGGCCACGCUGUGGGGAAUGAGCUGGAGCUCAUAUAUUUUCAACUAUAUUUUCCAUAGCUUUGUAGUCUAGCCACCACGACUAAAUCAAGCCACAAUUUGGUACCAAGGUCUCAGACUGAAAUUUAUUUAUUUUUAUAAAUGAAGUUUAAAAGAAAAACAUUGUUUAGUUCUUUUAAAGUUACAAGAUAAUUAACCUGCUGUUAGUCUUUUUUGAUGCUUUUUGCACAAGUUUGCCUUGUAAACAACUUGAGCAGGUCGGGUGGGUUUUUGAUGAAGGCAGGUUGGAGGAUAGAUAGCAUUGUAUACCUGAAACUUCUCAGCUUGACUGGCCCAUUCCGUGGACUGUACUUCAUAAUUUUGGUAUACUUAGAAAUCACCAACCAAUCAAAUUGCCAUUAAUGUUUGGAAAAUUAGUUAAUGCAAAUGCACAAUAAUUUCCUAAAAGCUGUAGGGCACAUCUGUAAGUCAACACUACAACAGCACCAUUUAAUAAAUGGCAUGGCAGUCACACUUCAUACCACAUCAAAAUAUAGUAUCAUUUCUAUACCAGAUUAACAGUAAUACCUCAGAACUGCUCUGGUAGUAGUUUUUAAUGGAUUGAAAUUUAAAGUUUAGUAAAUGGCUAAAAUUACCUAUACAUAUGAAAUAAACUUUACCAAUUGACUAAAGUAAUGCAUGUUAACAGUUUGUCUGUAUCUGCAUGUAAAAGUGGGCCACCAGAGAACCCUUAUUGAUUAUGCAAAUGUUUAAAUUAUUUUAAAGACUCUUGUUUAAGAGCUUUAAACAUUAUAUUGGGUUAAUCUCACUUAUAAAAUUUUCCAAGGGACUAUUUGAACUACCCCAGAUGGUUUGGUGGAGGCCACACCCUUCGAAGGCCCAGGCCUGAGCCUCUAAUAAAUGACUGCCAGGGAGGGUGUAAGGCAGAGGGAAUGGUAUUUGAUGAGACCUGGGAUAGUGUGCCUUUUAAAUAAUGAGUUCAGUGUUGUUGUUUAAACAUGAGAAACUAAAGCCCCAAAUGAGAGUUUCAUCCACAUUCACAAGACAGAUACCUGGCACGUCUGAGUCUCUGACUCGACUCCUCCACACGGCUGAGGUGGGCAUUACGUCACCUCCUACCAGAGCAUCACGUGAGUCUUCAGCAGCAUUAACAAGGUUUGCCAAGUGCAUUGAAGGGGCACAUGGAUGGUAUAUCUGCAUGACACAACUUGCAGAAAGUAGUAUAAGACAAGGGCACGUGAUAUAGUUAAAAUUCUAGAAAUCAAAGUAGCACCACUUCUUGUUGCCAAAAUAAUUUCUUGCAUUUAACCCUUUCCUACCCAUGACAUGUACCAAACAUCUCAACUAAAUUAGGUGAUUUCCAGAGAGUAAUUCACUACCAGCUUGUAGAGUGUGGUUUUACAAUCCUUAGCCUGACCUUAGGUCUGUCUUUCUCUUCUUACUACUAAAGUAAAUACCUUCACAGCGUUCCUCUUUGUCCUGAUUUCCAGCUAUUUGGCAUUUACUUCUGAUCCAACAACAAAAAAACUGUUGUUGGCCAGCUGGUGUCAGUUGGGGCCUGAUGUGUGUCAGAGCUCGGACGCACACCCGAGCAGUCCUCUUGCACGCAUCGCAUCCCCUAACUCUUACCCUAACUCCCUACAGACUCAAGCAUCAACCCAUUGCUUUUGUCCCAGACCUCAUGAACUCACCCUGUUGGGAGGUCUUUGUUUUCUGCCCCAUGGCUUAACUUUCUAUCAGUGUCAGAGUAGCUAAGAAUGCUUGUAAAUACUGUAAUAUAUUAAUAUUUGAAAGGCAUUCAUUCAGUGGACAAUGGAAAUUAACUCUCCCAAGGCAAGUAAAAAUUCAGUCAAAUAAUUGAUACGUACAUUGACUUAACAUUCUUACUAGAGUUCAAGUCUUAAGCCUUUCAAAUUAAACCAGAAGGUUGUUAAUGUAGGAAUUUUAAAAUAGAUCUUACAUUUGAAGAGAUUGUGUGAUUAGCACUAUGAACUCAUACCAUGAAUUUUUUAAGGCUUUUAUUUUUCUAACUGUAUUAAUAAAUAAAGGACUGGAUUUUAGGCAUCACAUAGAAGACAUGAAAGUUUUAAAUUAUGUUGCUAUUUGCUAAAGGAAAAUAGCAAAAAAAUUUUGUACGUGCAAAACUGUUGAAGGUUCCAUGGAGAAACGUGUAUACUGACUGGACUUGGACCUAGCUUCCUGCCGGUGUGAAACGACAGUGUGUUGCUGGUGUUCAGGGUGAAUGACGGUACUAGAAGUUUUCCAUUAAAAUCUUUUAAAAUUUACCUAGGGAAAAAUAAACGGCUUUCCAUCAUG